UUAUAAUUAUUGCCCUAACUCCGUCCCCCAGUAUCUGUAAAACGAAGAAUCAAACUCGGUCAUCUAUACAUCGCUAUAAAACCCAUGAGCCGUGGCAUUACCUCAGUCUUUCAUCAUGCGAGCGAGGCUGUUCCUGUUGGCGCUGGUCAUCCUUUGUCUGACUUCAGGAUGCGUGGAUGCUGACUACAUCUGGCACAACGACGAGAUCCCGUACGAGGCCAAAGCCCGUUGCAGACGCGGCCAUUCCUACUACAGUAACAGCAUUAAUGCUAACGACACCGACAUUGACGUCGCCUCUGAGAUCGAAAGUCUCCUUGACUAUUCCAAUCGGGACAUCUGCUAUUAUUGCGUCUGCGCUGUCCACGGAAGAGGAGCAGGCUGCAUCAGUAGAAGCCCUUGGUUCUGCGAAUACUAUAGGGUUAUCAGAGAAGGCGGUGCUGCCAGGGAUAUGUACAGACAGACGUUCCAACAAGACAGGCCGACGUAUUUCAGGCAGUUGUCGUAUCGGUUGAGAAGGACCAUGGAUACUGGCAUGUUUGAUUUGCUAGAGACUGUGGGAACUGCGCCUGGAGGUCCUAAAAAAUGUAUACCUUUUGUAUCGGAGUAUACUGAUUGCACUGACGAGAACCAAUGUUCGGGAUGUACGAAGUGCACGUGCACUGUAGAAGGCACCUGGUCUUGUACGAAUGUCAAUAAAUGUGAAGACAUGUUCCGGAGCACUCCUGUUGAUGACAAUGACAUUGAGACUGCCUUGCUAAUGAUGGAUAGUGAGAUGAAAAGAGAAAGAAAGAAGAAGGCUACGUCUUCAAAUUUCCCGUUCGUGCCGCAGCCGACGACACAAAAUAGUGUUUUAAUAGAGAAAGAUGAUAAUCAUAAAAUCAAUAUAGCCGAUGAAAUCAUGGAUUUAAUGCGACCCAAGAGAUCCGUGGAUAGGCUUAAAGAAAAUAAUAAUCAUUCAGUCAUGUUUUAUCAUACAUUGGAUGAAGUUAAUGAAGACACGUUAAAAAAUACAAACGAAUCUGGUACAGUGAAAGCCAGGAAACUAAAUGUAGAUUUACCCAAACUAUCAAGAAGAGCUGGCGUCUUGCUAAACGAUAAUACUUCGAACCCAUUGCACAUAGAAUAUAAUAAAGCAGACAUGUACCCACACAUAAAUGAUAAUAAAAUAGAUGCCUCACCUCACCGUGAAGAUAAAUAUGAUAUUCACGAAGUAAUAGGAAACUACAGUCAAAGGCAUAAAGACAGGGAACUUUCUAAAGUGAUUGUAAAAGAAAUGAAAAGUGGUGUUGAAACUAUUGGUGAUAAAAAUGCUCCGGUAAUGUCUAACGUGUCGUUUACACCAGAAAACGAGACGUUUGCAGCAAUGACGUAUAUUGCUGGCAAUCUUUUAAAUAAAUUAUGGAACAUGGAGACAGAUUCCAGUGAAACAAUUGAAACUGAAGUUUUAAAACAUGAGAAAAUUGCUGAGUUAUUAGAUUUGUUUAAAGAACCAUUAACUAUAAACCAGGAAAUGUUAUUGAAAAAUGCAAUUGAACAAUUAUCUACCGCUAUUGAUAAAAAUAAAGAUAUUAGGAAUGUAUCUUUAUGUGAACAAUUGGGAGAGGUUAAACAGUUCUUGAACCGUUCUAAUUUAGGUGCAGAAAAGAAAACAAAAGAGUGUGAUAAAGAAAAAACAGAUGCAAAAGAGGUUAUUGGUAAUGUUAAUAAUGUAAUUAAUUUAGUCAAGAAACUUCAAUAUAUACAGUCACAUAUGGAAACAAUCUCUAAAGACCAAAGUGGAAAUAUACAAAAAACACCAAAUAAUGAGUUUUCUGGAGUAAUUAAGGGCGUGAAAACGUCAGAUAAUUCGUUUGGAGGAGUUUUGGGUCAAAUAAUUAGACUACUUUUACCAGUGAAUGCUAAUAAAAGAUUAACUAAUAGGAUGAAAAAACUAAAUAUUUUCGAAAAAGAUUACGACUUUAAUAAUAGAUUCAAAAAUAUUUUCCAUAUUGCUCUAGGAAAUAUUACAAUGACAAUUAAAGACAAAAUUAUUUUAGAUUAUCUAACUCACAUUGAGAAUAGCCCUGAUUGUUUAUUACAUGAAAAAAAAUCAAAGACUAAAUUCAAGCCAGUGCCUAGUAUAGAAGGAAAUAUACUACUGAAUUUAUCUGAGUUCUUCAAAAUGAAAUCGUUAACUGAUUUAUUACAAUUGGUAGGGUCAGGAAAAGUAAAUGGUACAAAAACUUUAGAAAAGAAACAAAUUAUUUUACGUAGCUCAGAAUCUACUACCAAACAACCAACGAGCACUGAGGCUUAUACAGCUAAGACAACAGAUGCAACAAUUAGCGCAUCAAAUAAACUAGCAGCUACUAAAGCAAAACUUAAAGCUCAUUUAAAGACAAUUUUAGAAGAUCUAGUAGAGAUGCAAAAUGCUAGGGGAUUACCGAAAAACAGUGAUAUAAAAAUAACUGACGUACUUCCUUGCAUUUAUAACAUUUUGAAUGCAGAUAAAGCGGUACAAAGAAAUGAACAACAAGAACCAGCAGAUAAAUUGUCAAGCAUUUUCAAUAAUUUGAAAAGGGAAUUAAAAUACGCAUCUUAUCGGAGAAGUAGUCCAGCCACUGAAAGACCUAAAUCAGCAAUAGUAUGGGAGAGAUUAGUAAGAAGUUUAAAUCAAAAGCAAAAGACGACUCGAAGAAAUAUGGAUCAGAAAGCACCUAAAUCUGUCAAUGAAUUGAAAAAAAUGAUGGAUGAUCGAGAAGCUGGUUCUAAUACAUAUAAAAAUAUUGCAAUUUUGGCAGACAUUCCGGCCGCUGAUAGAUUGACUUUACUAAAAACCCUUGACGUUGAUGUGAAAAAGUAUAUUACAGUUUUGGAAAACAUUAAGGUUUCUUUAGAAGCUGGCGUUAUACCUGGAAAUAAGAUUAGUGAAUUCAACGAAUUUGUUGAUAACGUGGCAAAUAAUAUUAACAUAAAUGGAAAAGUGAUUCAAAAAAUAAACAAAUCUAAGUUCAGUACUAUACUGAAUACGGAUUUGAGGAAACGAAAAUUAAAUAAAUUAAGUUAUAGCCAAGCAUCGGCCCAAGUAUUUUCACUACCCAAAGAACCAGUUGCCUUCAAUACUAAAAUAACUAGAGAUCAAAUAAUUAAUCAACUUAUUAAAAAUCGUAUUAAUAUGUAUAUCAGGAUAAAAGAAGCCGAAGGUCAUGAUCUAAGAGAUGAUAUCAACUAUGAUAUUGCUAAAAAGAUUCAAGGGUAUUUAGAAUUAGGUAAUUAUGGACUCGCGAGGGAAAUGUACAAUAUAUUUGCAAAUCGGCAGAGGCAAAUUGAAGGACCUCCAGAAGUGUAUCCGGAACCUGUCCCUAAUCAUACCAAAUAUUCUGGACAAUUAUCUAUUCUGGAUAAGGAACCAUUAAUACAAUUUGAAGAGCCAAGGACGAGAAGAGUCGGUUCGCCAAACCAGAGCCAUCUCCUUCAACAACUAAUCAACAUGAAGAACUUGAGAAUUUGAACGAAUAUUUUCUUAUUGAUAUUCAAAUAUUUAUAAUUUUGUAUUUUUGCAUUAAUUUUGGAUAUAAUAUUUUGUAUUAAUUCGUCAUUUUAUUUGUGCCCUGAGUAACCUAUGUAGAAAAUUUGAACUUGCAGAAAACCAAAACAC